AUGCGAUCUUACAACUCCACACUACCUCAGAUGCCCCACGAGGAUAUUUUUAUUACCUACACGUUGUCUCAGCUUUUAGAAGAUGGCGCUGAUGUUUCGUCAAUGCCUGGAAACAGCGGAGGGUUAGCUAAGCAGUGCUUGGUUGCUCUGUCGACAACGUACUUUGGCAUUGCACAUAUGGAAAGGGAGAUUUUGAGGCGUGGCAUGUCCAAGUAUGGAAAGUCGUUGAGGACUCUUAAUCAGAGGCUAGGUGAUCAGAGUGCGAGUCGUACGUUGGACGUGCUACAGUCCAUCAUGAUCAUGGCGCUGUUCGAGUAUCUCAUUAGUGAUCUCGAGGCUGGAUGGUUACAACAUUCACGAGGGCUUGAACGGCUUCUGGAGAUUAGAGGACCUGAAUCCAUGGCAUCGCUUCCUUGUUUGACCAUAUUAGAGAGCGUCCGCCCUUCCAUCAUCUUUUCGGCACUCUUGUUGCGCCAAAACACCAUUCUUUCAUCUUCGGACUGGAAAACUCUCCCAUGGGUGAACCACGCAGGACGAAAAGACGCCAUGCAGCGCUUGAUCGAUAUUCUUGCCGACUGUCCGGAGCUUUUUGUGUUGCGAGAAUCUCUUCCUGCUAAAUCUGCCCAACUAGAGAGGCGUUCUACUCUGCAUCAUCUCGAGGACAAAGCUCACGCAAUUCUGGACAAUCUUCACGCUUGGAAACAAAGCCCAAGUAUAAGUCCGUGGAUGGAAGUACCCUCACCUUCAUCAGCGCCGGAAAUUAUAGACUCGGAAGGACUGUCGACGCCGAUCUGGCAAACGGUCUAUCAUUUUGAGUCCCUCUACCAGGCCAAUAUUAUGAGUCUAUAUCAUGGCGCGAUUAUUCUCGUAUCAAGGCUUUGCCUUGGCAUUCAACUAGAGUUAGAUGAGGAUAAGUGUGAAGAGAUACGAGCCUCUAUAAACAUGGCGGGAAUAGCAAUAUGCCGCAGCAUGGAUUACCAUAUGGAGCGAAGAGGAGAUGACAUUAGCAGCCUCUUUAUACUAUUCCCGCUGAGAAUGGCUUUUGAUGCUGUGGGCGUUGACAACGUGGAGAUUGGAUCAUGGCUCAAGGCAAUAUUGCAACAAAUCUAUUCCGGUUCAGCGGGCAGAUGGGCAACCGCACGAUAUUUGCUCGAUAUCCAACCUUUGUCAAACAACCCAACCCCAGCCUAG